AUGGCAAAGUUUCGCGCUUUGGAAGUUGCGCCAGCGCCAGUACUAGGCGAAAUGGACAUCACUAUGGGAAACCAAACGACCGCUUCUGAUAGAAAGACUACACGCGCGCCACAGUCACCCUCCUCAGCCUUGGCAGUAGCUAUGCUGAGAAAGGCGGAGCGCAGCCGUGUUGAAUAUUGUGGUGGCAAGGGCGAGCUACUGGGCCUGGGCGAUAUCUAUCUGAAUGAUUUGUCGGACAUAAUUGUUUUUGAAAUCACAAACUUAACGACACGCAACUUGAAGGUCCGUCUGCGUGCAGAGCUACGCAAACCUUUUCAAAAUAGCCAGUGGUGCUUUCAGCUCGAGAACGAGAACGUUAGUGUAAUGCAGCGCGAGCUACAGCAGGAGAAAGAUCGAACCGUGACCUCGGAUAAGUUUAAUCACGUACCCUUUUCGGUACUACCCUCUUCAUCCAAGGCUAAUCUUCUCGCCGACAACGUGUACCUGUGUGAAGGUUAUAACGAGUUGUUUAAUCACAUUGGAGCCAUCGAUGAGAUCAUAUUGGGGCCUAGAGAAAGCAAGAAGAUUAUAUUUGCCUUAUGCACCAAGCUGACACCACAACAUUCUAUAACCGGGAACUCGGCAUUCGUGGCGGCCGGGGACUCGUCGGAGGAAGAGCGUGCGCAUCUUAGUGAAACUUCGUGCUUUGUGCUGUCAGGACGACUGAUUCUGCAGCCCUUAUUCGUUGAUGCUGAUGCUACCAAAGAAGCGCCGAUGUCAGAGAUGCUAGUGCCACUACAAGCGCAAGUAUGCCGCUCGUUGCUACGACUGGAUGUGCAAGAGCUACAUUUUGACGAUUGCGUACCCGGAGGGUCAUUUGUCAAGGAUUUUGCGGUGUGGAACCGCUCGGAAAUCCCGCUUCUGUUCAAUCUCGUGUCUCCACUCUCGCCGUGGAGCGAAAACAAUGAAGUGCUUUUGUGCACAGAUUAUAAUUCCGGAUACAUAAUUGGAGACAAAACACUCCAAGCUGCCGCUUAUGGUCAUGUGCGGAUCCGCGUGACGUAUCGCCCAAAGGAUAUUGGAGAGCACUUUUUUGAAAUUCAGGCGCAAAACUUACAUGACUCUAGAAACGUAAAGACGCUUAAAAUUCAUGCCGUGACUAAUUGGGAGCAUCACAGGGAAGGGUUGUCGAUUAAGGAGCCAGAUGGCUCACACCUUAUGAGUGGAAGUCAACUUGAUUUUGGGGAUUGCUUCACUGGUAUUGCAAACUCUAAAGUUAUAAUGCUGCGGAAUAUGACGGAGGUAGCCUUGCAUGUGAAGCUAAAUAGCGACCGCCCGAAAGAAGUCACAUUCGAGCUUAAAUUACAGCAGAAUCGAUCACGGGUUCCAAGAUCUCCUCGUGCCAUUAAGCUUCUUUCUCCCUCUUAUUCUAAUGACAGAUCAAGUGUUAAGGGCUUGUCUUCUCCAUGUGUGGAUGCGUAUGGACUGGACAGCGAUGAAGAGGUCGAUGAAGAGGUCGAUGACAACGAUGACAACGAGGGGGAAUUUUACGAAGAAGCAAUCCAGCAAGCGAAAAUAACUUCUUUUGGAGAAACUGCUGUGGGUGAUGGUGAUGAUUUCGACGAUGACUUCGAAUUUGAUAGGGAAUCUCGUGCACUUCUUGAAAGACCCUCAGUGAGUCCAAAACUGCGGGUUUCGAGAGCCACUACCGAUUUGCGAAAGAAAAGUACUCGAUCACACGGCAAAAAGUCCUCGAAGACUUUAUCCAGACUAAGAGAACUCGUUUACGACAGUGGUGUGGACAGUCCGCGGUCUUCUCCAGAGCGGAGCUUUCAAGCUGAUCAACACAAGCGUCAUAGUGUUUCCCCCGAUGACAACAGCGUAUCCAAUUUUCUUGUCGAAAGUAUUGACUUGCCUCCCGGCGUCGAGCGAACCAUAGUAAUAUGGUAUUCACCGGCGGUGUCAAGCAAUAACUUGGAAAAUAUAUAUUGUGGAUCUUCAGAUGUUGAUCCUAAGGUCGCUCGUCUGACGAAGCAAAAUUUCCGAAUAUCAUUUCGGUGUUUUGUUAUGCAAGGCGCUUGGCAACAAACUCAGUCGCGUGAAUUUGACCGUUCUCUAGGCAAGUCGAUUUAUAUUUGCGCUCGAACGUGCACCUCAAUAGUGACAGCUACCCCCUCAAUUUUGCACUUGGGAGACUGCAACAUUGGGGAGCUAAAAAGUAGCUCAUGUAUACUGACGAAUCAUUCCGAGUUGCCGACCGUUGUGAAGCCGUUAGUCACAUCUAAAGUGAUCUCGACGGUGCCCAACGACGACAUGAUGCUUGGUCCAAAACAGUCUACUGAGCUAAAGAUUGAAAUUAUACCGCGCAAAACGAAUCCAAAUUACUCUCGAGUCAUCUCGGUUAUUAAUUUAAGAAACAAAAGCAACAUUUCACAGAUUUGCGUCCGUUCAAGCAACAUGGAUGCACAUCAUGUGAUCUACCAUUCACUAUUUUACAAGCUUUUGACCCAAUCAAGGUCCGCAUUUUUAAAUUUUGAGCACGUGACAACCAAUUCAGUUGGAGUUCAAGUUUUUGAUUUGGAGAAUAUAACAAAUGCUCCGCUACCUUUGAACAUUAAAGUUUCCUCGCCGUCGAAGGUGCAAUUGUAUUGCAUUAGAAAUUCAUUUGACAAGGCGUCCAAUACGAUAGAACGAUUAAGUAGUGACGAAAACCAUGUGAAAGAGAGUAAGCAAAGCUUUUCACCUUCUUCGGUGUCGUCGACUUCACAGAAUAGUCUCGGGGGUGACAUUUUCAAAAAUACUUCCAACCAAAGAGGCCAGCCACCAAUAAGACGACCUAUUCGUCGACGCAGAUCAUUUUGCAGCGUGUCGGAGCUGGAGGAUGGUAAGGCGAGAUAUAGAAAAGCUAAAUUGACUGCUCUCCGGGAUAUCAUGUCAAAAAAGCGAUCAGUAGCUCAAACCGGUGUUUUGUCUACUGCAAACAUUUCGGGGGCUACUAAUAUACUCCGAUCGGCUUCAACUAAUCAUUUCGAUAAUGGGAGAAAUUGCCAGGAUCAGCAAAAUGCUGAAGCUUUGGAAUUUAAAGAAAGUCAUGUGCAAGCAUUAAGCGACCUAAGAAGGAGUCCCAACGGAUCAUGUAUUGGCUCAUUGCCUGCACCUUUAGCUUCUCAUGCGGAUAAAAGGUCUUCAGAAGAUAUUGCUUCACUAUUGCAGCUUUUUGCGAAGUCUCGAUUUGAAUGUGAUGAGUAUUGCCACGGCUCAGUUUUCUCCAAGGAAAAAGAGGAAGAAAUUGUAGCGAUGGUGCGAGAUCGCGUUAAGCGCCUUGAGUCUCUUUUAGCGGAAAAAAAAAUGAUUCCGCUUAGCUCUCACAAAGAACGAAACCUUCGCAUACCAGCUAAGUCGCGCCAACGUAUUGUCGCAGUAUUUAGGCCAGUGGCCACCGAGUUAACAAAUCCUGAUGAUGUUUCGAAGACGCGAGUGGAAAAGCAUAAAAUUUUUAUCACUCUUCCACCUGGUGGGAAUAACAAAGCUCACAUUGUUGGAGAAAAUUUUGAUCAAAGCAGACCUGCUUGGGCCGCGUCGAGGCACCCAUUUGAUUCGCGCCCUUCUGUCAGAGAAUUGUUGGUGAAAAGUCGGGUAUGUUCCUCAAUCAUGAAUGUGAAUCAGAAAAAUAUUAAUUUUGGGCGCAUUGCAACAUCGUCGAAAAGCUCCAAACGGUUAAGUGUCCAAAACAUGUCUACUACCCCAUUAGUGUAUAGUGUUGAAAAAACGGGAUCAAUAUCCUCAGGAUUUCUACAGAUCAAGGAAGGAGAAUUUGGCGUGGUUAAGGCGUUCGGCACGAAAGAGAUUUGUUUUCAAUUUCAGCCAACACUAGCAGGCCCCUUCGAAGAAAAGUUAAAAAUAAUUAACGUUCAAGAUCCAGACAAUUCAGUUUCGGUAACUAUCAAAGCGAAGGUUGUAAAGCGCGAAACAUUUAAAAUCCUCCAGUCAGGGCAAACUAUUUCGUUUGAGAAGUGUCUUGUUGGUAAGAAGACUGACGAGGUAAAAAUUGCUGUUCGUAAUACAAGUCUCAAGAAGCGCGAAUACGUGAUCCAGUUGGACCCAGCUUCUACUUACCCGACCUUGCGGCCAACAUUCUACUUUUCAAUCGAUGAUACUCCAGCUGCGGUUGUUACUCAAGCUCAGGAAAAGAAGCUUGAUGAGGAGCUAGAAAAGUUGGAACAUAAGCUGCGUAUUGCAAUUACAAAAAAGAAGGCGGACAAGAUUGUUAGGCUGAACGCUAAAAUCUCCCAGGUGAAGGCACUGCUGUCGGGUGAAUUGCUCAGUAAAGAGCUAGGAACUCCAACCGAUAGAUACUUGGAUGCGACAGGGAAACCUGGAGCUACCAGCUGGGUGGGAGAAUACGAUAGCUACGAGAGUGGCAACAGCGACUCAGAAAUGUCUGAGUCAGAGUGUAUCGUGCAUUUGCGACGGCGACGAUUCAAACAGUCUGAUAAACCCGUUAUCGAGGCAAAAUGCGCUCAAGGGUCGGUUGGUACCAAUUGCUUGCGUUUCUCUCUUGAAGCUGAAGCGACUGGGCGAAUAGUGACUUACGCAGUGUUUAACCCUGUGAGGUCUGAUGAUAUCUCGCCGCACGGAGCAGAUGAUAAGAGCGGAGGACACCGCAGCCAAAGAAUGAAACAGCGGCUGCUGUGUCGAAAUGUUACUUCUAUAGAAGGGACUGGCAAGUUUCUGUUUUUCGAGCAGCAAAACAAAGACGUGGUCAAGGAGCUUCACUACAAAGCAGAGAUUUUUUUGCGGACGUUUGCAGGAGAAGAUGCAUUUUGCCGUGCUAUUGGUCAAAGACCUCCAUCUGUGCUCCCACCUCAUCCUCAAACAGGUGUCGUGCCUCCUGAUUGUUCACUAGAUGUUUGUAGAGUAAAAACAAAUUGCACGAGUCGCAUGUCACGCUAUGAAGACGUUUUGCCAUCGCUAAUCGCACCCACUGGAAUUGAAUCGGAGAAAGUAGAACGGCGACGCAAGUUGACAAUCACGAUUCCUGACUCGCGCAAGAAGAAACGGGUUUUAAACAUUGACAUCGUCCCCGAUCAGCCAGGAAUAUCUCCCACAAGCUCGAGCCUACUGGUGCCAGCAGAAGAGUCACCAAUUGACGCCCGCGAAUGGAUACUGGCGCUUUCGCUUGGGUCCAUGUCGUACAAAAGACCAGAAGUUGUAAAAAUGAGCUGGAAUCCAGCGAGUACGUUUGAAAAUGUAUUGGCUUUGACAUGUGAAGUUUUGCCUCGUGACUGUUUGAUAUCUGACAAUAUCGAGGAAACAUCUGAUCGUACUGAUAGUACUAAUCUGAAAAAAAUGCUACCGCUUACGCUGAAUAUUCCCUUAGAUCGCACGGUGAACCUGAAGCUGAAAUGGUGCUAUGCAAGCGAAGCAGGCUUUGCACCUUCAACCCCCUUGGCGUCAUGUGUGAACCGAUCAGUUCUGGAUUGUGUAUCGAAAGCCGCAGAAUUAAAUGCUGGUCGGAUUGAGUUCUUUCACAACCCAGGCAAUACUUCACCAAUCAAUGGUAUUGAUGCGAUGACAUCAACUCUGGUCACCUCUGUGGACGUAGCUGUGGUUAGAAGGUACCAGGGGUCUUUGUACUUUGAGUUGGAAACAAUUGAUUUGGGUGAACAUCAGCAAGGCGAGAACGUCAGAAGCGAAAUUACUGUAUUUAACAGAUCACAUCAAGCGCUCCAAUUCCUCUUGUUGGCUGGGACUCGCGAACACGGUAAUGGGAGUGCAUCGUCAUCUGGCGCUCCUUUGCUCGUUGGAGGUGAAAUAAUGUUUGAAAACGCCACUGGAACUGUGGAGGCGGAGUCGUUCGUCAAAGCAGCUUUUGUUUACAAAGCCCAUGUGCCUGGACAGCACACGGAGCAAAUUGUCCUGCGCAACCUCAGUGGGGGUCGCCUCGAUAUGUCGGUAUUGGAAGUGUUGGUGCGCGUUACGAGGCCAGUUUACGUUCGAGUUCCUGAACUGGACCCACAGCUCACCGGACAGCUUGGCGUUCUCGAUCUGGGUCCAUGUUACGUCACGCCGGAAAUGCAAGACACUGCGGCGGACCACCCCAAUAUCUCACUACGAUUCAGUAAAGUGCACAAACUGACACUACAGAGUCAGGUUGAUCACACGUUGGUAAUCUAUGCUUCGUCAAACCUGAAGACACAGUGCUAUGUUUACGAAGAUGCUCGUCUGCAUUGUGAGGCAACAAACGUCAUAAUGAAAGGAAAUCAAGCAAUCGAUCUUUACGUAGCAAUACGCCCGCGAUUAUCCCCGGAUGCGUUUAAGACAGGAUUAACUCGGGACCUCGUUGGUGGUAUCCGUAUUCAGCUGUUUGGAUUACAGAUGUCCCCAGAAUCAUCAGAAGAUGAGAAAACGGAGAUGCUGGCAGAGUUUACUGUCAAAUUUGUUGGUGUUGCUGGUGCUAGCGUCGCUCGGGUGACACCAUCAUUAAUUGAUUUUGGUGUAGAACACAGCAAUGGACACUUGCAAAGUAUGCAAGCGCAUGAAGGGUGUUUUGAAGUAGUCAACAUGAGUAAGGCGCUGCCGUUUAGAUACCGUCUCUCUGUGACGCGCGCAACAGACGGCUACUCUGACAACGAUCAUAAUUUUCACGUUUUACUGAAACACGAAAAGGGUGAAAUACCCCCUGGUGAAACCGGAAACGUCGAAUUUUGUGUUCUAGCGAAAAUAAACGGACUUUUUCGACGUCGAAUUGUGGUCGAAAGCAUCCACUAUCCUGGAAGAGUCAACUUUAUCGACGUUGCGUUAUUUGUGGAUAACGGAACAUUACGUUGCGAAAUUCCAGCUGUAGUUCGCGCAAAUCAGGAUCGCGAUAUUUCUAAAUUCGACGCAGCGCAAGAGCCAUUUACUUUGCAUACCAUAGACGUUGGUCCUAUAAGCGUGAUUCCACUAGAGGACGAGUUUACGACCAACUUCGUAACGUGCGCUGGAGGGAACGAACCCACACGUCGUAAGUAUCGUAUUUUUGGAGAACAUGGCACAAAAGCAUUACUUGGAGUCUGGGAUAAAGAUGCCAGUAAUUCUAUGUCUCUUCCAGCAAUACAAUCCGAUGGGAAGCUUCUCGCACUUACGAAUACAACAGUGCAAUCAAUCUUGGUGCGCCCGUUUAGCACACUUCCACUUAUUUUCGAAUGGGAUGGCAAUAUGGACAAAAUAUUUUCAACAAUGAGCCACUCCGCGGCCGGCUUCAGCACGUCCAAUGCUAUUACAAACACAAUUUCAUUCGUAUCACCGCACAGUCAACCGUGCCUUUAUGGUAACUCAUACCUGCUGCAGGCUAGGGGCUCGUGCACGCUGUCAUGUCGAUUCGCAGACAUUGCCGUGUCUGUCCCACUACCUUCUGAUCCAAUCGACAGCGGGAAGUUGUUUCCGUUUCGAGGUAUGAUUGGGAUUCAGAGUGUUCAAAGUCGCAACACACUAGAGGAAAAGGCAUCCACCUUGAAAGUUGUGAAUGUCUUGGGAGCUUAUUGUGAGCCACGAUUCCAAAUUUCUGAAAAAUGUCAUUUUUUGGGAAAAAUUGGCUAUGGUAUCGGCUGGAAAGCAUCAACAUUCCAAGUUUGCUUAAAUAAUGUAUCUGACGUGGAAUUAUUUUUUAUCAUUGCUAACAUACCACCAUGUAUCCAAGUGAGUUGCACACAAGGCGGAAGACGUGUACACUUUCUCGAUGACGACGCGUAUGCCUCGGCUUUUCAUGUUCCUUCACUCCAAAUACUCACGUUACAUGCAUACAAACCCACACAAAGUGAUGGAAGUCCGCCGUGGGGUGCUUGGAGAGUACAACCCAGGGCAUCAUGCGUUCUUGAGAUGGAGCUGGUGCGGACGAAAGUGGUAUUGGCAGCCGGAAUGCAAGAGUUUUCUCUUCGCUUUCUCAACGUGUGCAAUCCGCACAAUCGCGAAGUUGUGGUUGUGCGAGCACAUAUUAUUUCGAGUUACGCAGAAUUGGCAAUCGAUCCUGAAAGCAUCAACAGUGAAAUUGAAAUGACAAACCCGAAUGAAAAUCACGUUGCGCUACUUCCUCCAGUCACUGUGCCACCACCACAAGAGUCACCGCCCCACUGCUCCAGUUUUUGGUUUACACUUCGAAAUGUGUACGAUGAAGAUUUGAGUGUAAAGCUAUUUUCAAAAACUCAUAGCAUAUUCAAUCGAAUACUUGACCUGCUACUGAUGCUGCGUUCCGCUAAUACACCGCUAACUUCAAUUACAAUUGCUCCUGGCGAGUCGGUCGACAUUCGUGUCGUGUGUCUUGUCCUUCCGUCCGCUCGUCUUUCUGCUGAUAUAUGGUCAGCUAGAGAGAGUGAAUCCACAGCCAGAAUUCUAGACCUGGGAUUAGUAUACAUUCACGUAAAUAUUCACAAUCUGGAUGAUUCUGCUCAGCGCGAAGAAAUUUAUGUUAAGGGAAAGCUGCUUCCUGGCAAGACAUUUGUAUUGUCAGCAUCCAGCCUUAAUUUUUUUGCAACAGCGACCGAUAUUUUAUCAGACACACCGAUCGAACAAAUAUCACCACCAAUUCAGUCGAAUCUAGGGGUGAGUAAAAAUUCAUCUCCAGUCAUGCCACCAGGAAUGCCACAGCAGUUAGGGUACUCCGUUGUGCAUCAACUGCGCAACUCGUUUGAAAGCUUUUGGGUAAAGAAUUUAUCUACUGUGGGGGAGCUCAACUUCGUAAUUAAUCCGGCCUCCAUGUAUCAGCCAAAAUUAUGCCUAGUGAAGGGUUCGACAGAGUCGGACGUUUGUGCGAUGAGUGAAUGGAUUCAAGCAAUCGCUGUUCCUUCAUCUGGCACAAUUGCUCCGGGUGAGUCAGUGAAAGUUACCGUGCAUCUUGAAGAAGCUUUCGAAAGUGCGCAAGCGCUAUCUUCAUGUGAGAUUCCGCAUCGUAAGUUAGGCGAUCACACGCUUGCCGGGAAAGCAAUCGCCUUACAUAAGAUGCAUCACCCAAGCUGGCGCAGCAAUUCAUGGGAUGCUGAUGAAAUUGAAACAAGUACGGAAAAAAAUGGAAUGAGCCAUAUGUUUUUAACUGUGCGAGAUGCCGAUUUAAAGCUGGAAGCUGAAGUCUCAACUGGAGUUAAUAUUAUGUUAAUUUUGCAGCAACAAAGCUCGGCGAGCGAUCCUUCUAAGCAAGGAAGUUUCGUAUUGGACAAAGCGUUGAUGUCUGCAGCUUUUGACGCCCGGAAUAAGCGACUAGCGCACUUUUGGAGGCCACAUUCUAAGCCCGCGAUAGAAACUCAUCCCAACGAUGAAGUAUACGAGCAGGUGAGAUCGCCCGGGCUGGAUAAGCUCGAGAAAUUCGAUAUCUCUUUGAUCCGCUCCGGUCCCGUGGGACAUAAAAAUCAGCUACCUGUUUUGGCCGUUCGUGGCUGCACACCUGCUGAGUAUUCAUCGCUAGACAACACUCGUUAUUUGAUUGAUGUGGGUCAGCAUACCGUUCGUAACGGUGGAGAAAUAGAGUGGGAAAUUACAAUUGAAAGUCUGUACAGCGCUGCAAAUGCCGCGGAAGUUGCAGGACUUGAUUCAGUCGAGUAUCGUUUGAUGCUUGUUGACAAAAAUGCUCGUUCAUGGUUGCAACUUAGCCGUGAACGAGGUACACUUGAUCGAGCGCACAGUUACCAAAGUGUGGUUCUUCACUUUUUGCGUGGGGUAGUAGGAGUGUAUUCUACUUUCAUGGUGCUACAAAAUCGAGCAAAUCCUCAUGAUCUGAAGGUGAUCAAUGUGAGAUUGGAAAUCAUCGCCGAUUUGAAUUCGCUUCGUGGAAUGUCUUCAGGGUCAGAUUUGGCGACAAAUUUGUUCCGCGUGCUUGUGCCGAAUCACAGCAGUCCAAAACGUUCGCGGCGCUAUAGUAUCAAUAUGCCAUCAGAAAUCAUCACUGGUGGUGCCCCGCGAUUGCUAAUUGAUUUCAGCGAGGUAUACUAUAACAAGUUGUACCAAAACCACUCGAUUGUGAUCGAAAAUUCUUCUAGUCUGAGUCUCGACUUUAUUUUGUCGAGUAAUGCAAGACCUCAGGAGGUCGGCUUUUCGGUUUCACCAAUGUCAUUCUACGAAGUCACCACGAUCACCCUAGAAUCCCAUGCAAGCAUGCAAGUGUUCUUGUACUUCCGACCCCAACCAAAACAAACAACUCUACUAUCUGAAACCAGCGAUGUCCUGUCGGAUGAUCAGUUGAUCGAGCCUUGGGUGCGUGAAAUUGAAGUCUACGUGAGCUGUCGUCUGGUUAAAGAUUUUCGAGAAACUGUCAUUAUUCGUGCUAUCUGUAGUCAGCCCCAACUGAUGGUUAACGUUUCGAACGGAGAUAAACAUGACCCACCGCUCCAAUUGAAAAGAUGUUAUUCGGUUCAGCCAAAUUCACUAGGCUUGGUGUUUUCGAUGCUGGAGUCAAAUCUCUCGAGCCCGGAAAUGUCUAUAACUGCUGCUGAUGAAUCUUACAAAUGUAUUGUUGUGCGUAACACGAAAAAAGACAUGUAUGCUCGAAUUGCGCUCAGAAAUGACAGUCUGUUCUUUACUGUGGCGAUUGAUGAGGUUUUAACCCAGCCGGGAGCUGCCACGGUGGACUUACAUGACCAUGGAAUGUGCGCCGGACGUAAGUCAACACUUAUUGUGACGAUUCAACCACAAGGUGUUGGAGUAUUUCGGGUUCAGCCCGAUGUCGCAGCGCUACGGAAGCAUCAUCAGCUUUGGGAUCACAGUGUCAAGGAGCACGUCACACUGUACAAUAUUAACCAAUUCGCUGAGCAUUAUCAGGUAACGCUGUGCUUCACUUGCAGCAACGUCGCGAGUUUUUACAUUCCACCGAAUAUCAGUGAAAAUUUUCCUGUCUCGGCCCUAGAAGAUAUUAUUGCCAAGUUCCUUCAGAAUUAUGAGUACACAUGGAAGUGGCUGAUAUCGUAUCAUGAAAACACUUUAAUCUCAGAAACACAUUCCGCUGACCAGCAACUUCCGGCGCUUAACCUCACUCAAGUCUUAAAUAAUCUUGAAUUAGCGUUGGAUUUGGUGUCUCCUUUAAGCCCACAAAAUCUUACUCACGCAGCCGUGCAGAGCUUCGACGAAGCAGAUGGCAUUCCGAUUAGUCGGGAUGAUCUCUAUCAGCUAGUGCUAUCGUAUCGGGCGCUUUACUUUGAUUUUUAUUACAUCACGGAUGAACUCGUUUGGUACGGAGUGCGUGGAAAUUCAGUGCGACACAGUCUUGCGCUUGCCGAUUUAGCGUAUGGUGUCGUGUUCGGCCACGAAGUUUUCCAAUCUUUUUUAAACGAUCCCAAGGACCAUAAAGCUGUAGCGUUUCCUCGUUUGCUACUUCCGUGGAUUCGACAGCUUGGGCACUUUCUCAGUUUCUACCCAGAGAAUCAAGAAGCAACACAGCCGUUAAGACAACUUUAUGAUCAUUUGCGAAAGUUCGAGACCAACUAG